AUGGAAGCUUAUGCCAUUACCAAAGGAGUCUUGUUUCUGGUGGUAGCAGUAAUUGGAAUCCCAGGAAACCUUGCCAUCAUAGGGUCAUUUUCUUGGAUUGCACUCUCUACAUUUAAACUUUUGCCAGUGGAAAUAAUUAUCUUUCAUUUAGCUCUUGCAAAUGCACUUUUAGUUUUUACAAGGGGUCUGCCAGCAGCCCUGUUUAUCUUGUUUGGAACAAGACUGAAUAAUGAAACAGGCUGCAGUAUUGUAAUUUAUGUAGCCAGGAUAUCAAGGGGAAUGGCAAUUGGUUUAACGUGUGUCUUAAGUUGUGUGCAGCUUGUAACCCUUAUUCCAGCUUCCUCAAAAUGGGUUUAUUUGAAACUGAAAGUCCCAAAAUAUAUUUUUGCAGCUACUUUGUCUCUUUGGCCACUUUAUAUGAUAAUGGAAAUUUCAGGCCUUAUUUUCUCAGGUUCAGAAAUGACCUCUAGCAAUCCAGAGCUCAUAUUUAAUUUUGGAUACUGUCUUACCAUAUUUCCCACAGUUACUAUAUUUAACAUAAAUGGUUUCUUCUAUUUCAGCCGUGACCUUAUGAUUGUAUCAUUAAUGAGCCUUAGUAGUGUAUGCAUUUUAUUAAUUUUGUAUCGACACAGAAAACAAGUAAAUGAUGUAAGAACCUCUAACCAAAACAGUGCUGUAGAGAUUCGAGCAGCAAAAACUGUAGUGUCCUUAGUUACCAUGUAUGUUCUAUUCUUUGGAGUCGAGAAUACAAUAUGGCUUUAUCAAAUAUCAGUUUCAAAAUUUAUUCAUCCUGUGGUUUCUGAUGUCCGUCAUUUCUUUUCUGACCUGCUUAUUAUCAGUUUGUCUCAUACUGGAAACAUUGUCAGUAGCUGUGCUAGAGUUAAAUUAGAAUUAGUCUGCAUUAUACGAGGGGAGAUUGAUAAGAUGACUGGAGGAAGGAGUUUUACUAAAGAUUUGCUUAGUGUACUGCUAGAGAGUGGGCCCAGAAGCAGUGCAUGA